AUGGGGUCCGCCUUUCAAGUUUGUGGACACUGCCUCUUUGACAACCAGCCCAAGCUGGAGAGCUGCGGCAGGCGUUGCUUUGGUGUGCCCGGCGGCGGAAAGGUGACCUGCGUCUCGAAUUGCCUCGUCGGGAAGGGCGUGUCCUGGUCAUGCGCUUCUUGCCUUGGCAGGGGCUUCAACUGUGGCGUCAACUCCUGCAUGGGAUCCUGCAACACCGGCUUUUCAAAGCCCAGUUGCACGACUUGCGUCAGCUCGCAGUGUGGUCUUUGCAGCGGAGCACGCUCUAGUGAGGAUGUCGCCGACAAUGCCACCCUUGAAGCACUAAUGCACGUCUUCGCUGGUGCAGCCACAGCCGGCACCUCACCGGAGCUGGAGGAAGAAGCCUCUACUCGCAGUGGCAGCGGAUGCUUCGAGGUCCAGUCGUUGAUGAAGACAUGCGGAACACAGUGCUACUCCUCCGGCAACCAGGCGACAUGUGCUGCUGGCUGCCUGACCGGCAAGGGUGUCUCCCCCGGAUGUGCCAGCUGCUUCGGCAGGAAGAUCAGCUGCACGAUCAAGAGGUGUCUUUCGGGUUGCGCCGCAGAUCCCAAUGGUGCGGCUUGUACCUCUUGCGUCGCCAGCAAAUGCGGUAGAUGCAAUGCUGCAAAGUCCUUGGACGAGCCGGUGGGCAAGGACAAUUUUGUGGCUGCUCUGGUGGAGCUGGCAUCUCAUCAGCCUGAUCAGAACACAGUUAACAACACAACGGAGCUGGAGGAAGAAGCCUCUACUCGCAGUGGCAGUGGAUGCUUCGAGGUCCAGUCGUUGAUGAAGACAUGCGGAACACAGUGCUACUCCUCCGGCAACCAGGCGACAUGUGCUGCUGGCUGCCUGACCGGCAAGGGCGUCUCCCCCGGAUGUGCCAGCUGCUUCGGCAGGAAGAUCAGCUGCACGAUCAAGAGGUGUCUUUCGGGUUGCGCCGCAGAUCCCAAUGGUGCGGCUUGUACCUCUUGCGUCGCCAGCAAAUGCGGUAGAUGCAAUGCUGCAAAGUCCUUGGACGAGCCGGUGGGCAAGGACAAAUUUGUGGCUGCUCUGGUGGAGCUGGCUGUCAGCACACACGCUGCGACAGCACACAGGCGGCAGGGCUGCAUUGCCUUGUCGCAAGCCUGCCUGAUCGGUGCGGGAGGUAGCCUUGCCGGCAGUGUGCGCGAAGGUUCCAAGGAGCCGGCCGCGUCCGUGGGGUCCAAGGAAAAAGCAGACGAUGCCGCCUCUGCUGCCUCCACCGAGGUCGAAGCACCGCCGGUGAUUGUUAGCAUCAGCAAGGAGACCAUCAAGACAAUAUUCUCAAGGUUCGACCUCAAUGGAAACGGCACCAUUGAGCAGUCUGAGCUGGCGAUGGUUUUCCAAGUCCUAGCACCUCGCCAGUGGUCUUCGAACGCCAUCAAGCGACUUUUCGAUGGAAUGGAUAUCAACGAGGAUGGGCAUGUUCAGUUCACCGAGUUCAUCGAGUGGAUUUUCGACACAGGCACCAACUCUUUCAAGGGCGCGCUAGAGAUCGCCGAGACCACGGACGGCGCAAAGACCCUGGAGUGGUCCGUGGCAGAUAUCCAGCUACCCGUUGCAGCUCCCGACAUUCGGGCAGAGCUGGAGACCAUCGACGGCUUCGCCAUCGAGGACGAGAUCAAGAAGAUGGACCCUUACGAUCUCAAGAAGCUCGAAUCGCUCACGGUCGUACCGGAUCCAAUCCGUCGAGUCUUAGAGGCGGUGUACUUGCUUUUGCUGCCCUCCUCGGGCCUGCCAUCUAUCAGUGCCUUGACGCCGCCCGAAUGGUCGGGAAUUCAGGACAUGCUGAAAGACAGUUCCAUGUGCCAGCGCGUCAUGAACUUCAAGGCAAGGAAGGAAGAGAUGAAAACUCGGCCGCUGUGGGGCAGCUAUGCAGCGCGGCGGUUUUUCACCGUGGAGAAGGUGGAUGCAGACAUCGCGGAGCUCGAGGGCGAUCCCCCCAGGCCGCUGAGCUACGAGCGGGUACUGAGCUCCUGUCAAUCGCUGUUCGGGUCCACUGACGGGAAGAACCACGCCAUCGUGCUCAUGUACAAGUGGAUUCUUGCCCUGUUGGUUCCAGAUCUGAAAGAGCUUGCGGACCAGCUGGACGCGAAAGCUCCGGGUUGA